GGGACGAGCACAUCGUCGGGGGUGCAGCGCAUCUUGUGUAAUUUCAGUUCAUAACUAGCUGAAAUCUUUUUGUAGAAGCACGGAAAAAACAUUGACUAAAUCGAUAAUUUGUCAUCUUUUCAAAACGUCCAUUUUCGGAAGUAUUUAAAAUUAGGUUAAAUCGGCAAAAAAGGUAAACCACACAUAUUUUCUUUUACCUGCACAAGGGGCGUGUAGUACCGCCCUCACCUUGACAAAAUCCAUGGUAAUUUAUUCUAAUUACCCUCGUUGUAUCGGUGAGUGUGACGCGACCCAGAUACUUCCGCAUCAGCGCCAUAAAAGCUGACGCAGCUUGAAGCUAUUUAUUGAGAACACUGAUUUCACUGGGAAGAUGGCACAUAGCAUGGAUGGACAGAAGACACUGCAGGCUGUUCGGAAAUCGAUGGAAGAAAGUGAAAAUGAAGAUUCAUCUGCGCCUGAAGACUGCGACACUGAUGAAGAACUGUGUCAUUUUCAAGAUCGGCUUGAUCCGGCGGUGGAUGACCUCUCCGAAGAUGAAGAUGGAUCUGUACCUGCGGCGUCGGUCAAAGUGGAUCACGUGACCUCAAGUUCACCUUUUCCAAAGCGACGGCGCACGUCCCCUGCAUCACAAUCGACCCAGCCUAGUUCAUCGUGGUACUCCAAAGAAGAUGCUGAUGCGGGUCCACCUGCCUUGAUGUUCAGGCCUGCCCGACCACCUGGAGUGCAGCUGAGUUCAGCGGAUCGUCACACGCCGCUGGAUUUAUUUAAGAUGUUUUUCAGUACGGAUGCUGUAAAGACACUCUGCAGGAAUACCAACCGGCGCGCCGCCAUGCAUGUUGCUGAAGGAAAGAAGUAUAAAUGGACUGCUGUAUGUGUUGAGGAAUUUUAUAGGUACAUUGGACUUGUUUUUUACAUGGCCAUGGUGAAGUUGGAGCACAUAACGGACUACUGGCGACAGAACACAUUUUUUUCACAGGUUCUCCCGCCGAAAGUCAUGAGCAGGGACAGGUACAGGACAAUUUCAUGGAACGUUCACAUGAGUGAUCCUGAUGCAGACCCUGCAAAUGACCAGAACCGCGGAACACCGCAGCACGACAGAUUGUUCCGGUUGAAGCCUCUCUUGACCACGAUCCAGGAUGCUUGCAAAGCCUUCUAUCAGCCACGCAGGUGCCUUGCUGUGGAUGAAAGAAUGGUAGCAGUCAAGGCAAAGACUGGGAUGACGCAGUAUAUGAAGGCGAAACCUGCCAAGUGUGGAUUCAAGCUGUUUGCUCUUGUGGACUGUAGCAAUGGAUAUACAGUAGAUUUUUCUGUGUACACGGGAAAGAAUGACUUCCGGUCAGGGCAAGGACUUUCAUAUGACAGUGUAAUGUCACUUAUGAAUCGUCGCUACCUGGGAUGUGGAUAUCACGUGUACAUGAACAAUUUCUACACUAGCCCAAAGCUUUUGAUGGACCUGUUCUCACAAAGCAUUGGUGCUUGCGGGACAUACAGAGACAACAGGAAGGGCUGUCCCCGCCCGACAUCAAAUGCUAUGUCCGAGCAGUCUGCCAGAGGAACGUUCAGGUGGAUCCGGGACGGUCCAACAGUUUUUGUGAAGUGGAUGGACACACGAGAGGUAUCUGUCUGCUCCACCAUCCACAGCGCUUACAAAGGGGAUGAAGUACAGAGAAGGGUGAAGUCCAAAGGUGGCAAAUGGACUACAAAGAUUUUUCCAUGUCCUUCUCCUGUUGUAGAGUACAAUAGUCAUAUGGGUGGUGUUGACCUCUCAGAUAGACUUAUUCAGUAUUAUUCAGCGCAACACAAGACUAUGAAGUGGUACAGGAAACUGUUUUUGCAUUUCCUAGACAUUGCUGCCACUAAUGCCUACAUCUUACACGAAGAGCUGUCGGCAUUAGUGCAGAAGAAGCCGAUGUCGCACAAGGACUUCAUGGAGGAGCUUAUUGUGCAGCUGUGUGGCUGCACAAGGAAGUAUCCACAGCAGAGUCAUUCCGAACAUGUUCCAGUGCCAGUGAACCCGGUAAACCCAGACGUCGGCAAAGUGGCAUCGUAUGGUCGCCGGACUUGUAUGCUGUGCAGAGAGGCUGGCCAGAGGCAGAACACUCCCUGGAAGUGUCAGGCGUGUGAUGUUCCACUCUGCCUACAGCUUACAAGGAACUGUUUUCAAGAGUGGCACAAGAAACUGUGAAUGUGCAAAUCACUUCCCCGUGUAUAUAGUUUGCACAUACACACACCAAACAAUCACAUUGCCUAUGUUUAUGAAACCUCCUUUUUUUUUUUCUUACAAUGAAAUGUUCCUCUUACAGAAUUCUUUUCUUUGUGUCCUGGAGGUGAGGAGAGGUGUGAAUAGCUUGGGCCCCAAGAAGGGUGGGAGGGGCCGAGUGCGAAUGGCUUAUUCAUACACAUGAAAGCUCCUACAUAUUCAAUGAAAGGAGGCCAGAAAGAGUGACAUGAGUUAGAUUUUUCUUAUUUAUCUACCUGAAUGUUGCAGUUACACCAUUUAGUCAUCUUUAUGUACCCAAUACUUUGGUGAUCAGAUAUCUGGGAUCAAAACAAACUGCCAGCAUUGCUUACGAUUAGGGAUGGCGAAAACUAAAAAAUUUCUUGACCGACCACCGAGCCUCAGUAGCCGGUUGAAACCGGUUAACCGAUUAGUUUAAAAUAUGGUACGCUAUUUGAAAUAACAGCCAUUUCGAGCCGCGCCUGCAAUUUCGCAACUCUGUCGCAUCUCUCUGCCGCUCUGCCGCUCUGCCUCCCGCACACACACACACACACACACACACACACACACUGCCACUCACGUCACUUUUUUUAAAAUCCCCUACAGCGCGAAACAUGAGUCCCGCAAACGCGGCGCAGAAGAGCUUGUUGUAUGUAAUCGUAGGACAAAUGGCUCCUUAGUUUCAAAUGGUUUGGGUACAAGGUGAUCGCUUUGAAAAUAAAGGCGUUUGUCUAGGUUAGAAGCUCAUUUGAAACAUUGCCACGGCUCAUUUAAGAAAAUGACAGCUCCGAAGAGACGCCGCUUUAGUUGAGGUAGUGCUAACCAUAAUAAAGAAAGAUGAUUCCCUUUACUUUUCGCAAACCUUGUGAGCGCGCGAACCCAAACGCUGUGACCUCGCGCCAAAUGUUUUUAUUGGUUUAUUAAGUACAAACAGGCGAGUUAUGAAAAAUUGAGUGUGAGGGAUAAUUUGUUCACUUAACACAAAAAGAUGAGGAAUGAGAUGGCUAACUGUAGUAGCGUAUAGUCCACUGUCUAUAUAAUAGCCUAAUUUAAAUAUCACUUUUUUUUUUAACCGACUACCGACAACUUUGACCGGUUAACGUUGAUACGGUCAACCACCGGUCAAACGGUCAUCGGUUAACAUCCCUACUUACGAUGUACUUUCAUAAUGUUUCUGUGUUCCAAACUGCAUUUUGCAAUGUCUAUACUUUGAUGUCAGAUUAGAAACCUAACAUAAGUGACAUAUUUACAAUAUACAUUAAAAUUAGUGUGACGCCAAAACAAAUAUAUAAGAUAUAAUUUAUUUGCCAUGAAUUAAGUUUAUGAUAUUGAAAGAAAUGUGUGAUUAUGCCCCAGUCAGUGAAAGUGUGUUCCCUACCCCAAGUUCCCAGAGGGUUAACAAUCGAAAUUUCUUUUGCAGCUACUUGCAAAACUAAAAUUUUGCCCUAUAUAGUCAACUUAAAAAUGUGGGGCAAAAUAAAAUACAUCUGUAUUAGCUGCAUUAUCUAUGUAAAACAAAAUAGUCACUUUAUGUGGAAAAGCCUGCAGCUACUGACUUAAAUAAACCAUGGUUUUCUUUUGCUAGAAACAUUUCUGUUAUGAACAUAGUAUUUGAUACUCUGCCAAUCUUUGUCUUUGAGAGCUUCUGGUUCUUUCUUCAGACAUUUAUAACAGUCUGCUUUCCCUGGUACCCAACCAGCUAGGAGGAAUGUUAGCAGAUGGCUUUUGGCAAUCUCUAAAAAGACAGCUCCUAUUUCGUGUUAAAUCUAUUUGUACAAUCAAUCGCAUGACAGCUGUUUCCCAUUUUACAUGUUUUUUUUUGUGGCAAUCAAAUUGAACGCUAACGCUG